AUGGUAGAGGAAAAGCCGGUCCUGAAUGGUUGUGCUAGGGUCUUGCAACUGCGUGCAGCUGCUUGCAGCUUCACACAGUCCAGGACUACUUCCGAUCGCAUCCUGCAGCCCAAGCUUUGGCAUCAUGGUGCAAAGAAUCAGCCAACAUUGAGCCCACGAUUUGGGCAGCCGAACCACGCCCUGGUGGCCCUGGUGAAGGGAGAGUUAUCAUCGGUGUUGCCACUCGCUGGGUGCGUUGUGAACCAUCCGAGCCUGAUGCGUGCGGUCAAGCAACUUCAGGAGGUCUUCAACUCGGAGGGCGUGGGAGUGUUUGAUCACGACAGCGCAACAGCACGUGGCAUUUUCGAGGAGGAAUCUGCGAGGUAUGUGGAGCUCACCUUGGAGCGCCCAAGUGGUGCCUUUGUCAUGUCGUGUGGAAUGGCAUUCAAGGGAAGGAAAGUGGGCAACUUCAAACGCUUCUAG